GCUGGUGAUUAACAUUCAAUUCUCGUUUAAGAUUGUAUUUGAAUCAGGCAUAUUUAGUGUAUCUUUAUUUUCGAAAUUUCUAGCCCACAUCACUUGUUCUAAUCUUCAAGUAAUUGAAAUUUAUUUUGAUAUAAUAUACUUGUAAUCAAUCUAUACUUUAUAUUUAAGAUUGAUCUUGGAUAUUGUGUAUUCAACAUUCAGGUACAUAAUUUAUAGCUUGGCAUGAUACAGUGUAUACUUCAUCUUUGUAAAGCAAAGCAAUGAUUAACUAUUCAAUCAAUCAAAGAUUAAAUGUCUUUAUUGGAUAAUCAGCAGCAGCUUCAUUGAGAGGUUGAUGAUGAGGUGAGUAAUUGAUGUAGUCCAAAGAAGGGUCAUUAUAGAUAUCCCACCAUUUGUUCACCAGCAUUAUUACGUCUUCUCUGUCCAUGUUUUCUACCUUCCCAGUGUACCUUCAUGCCUUCGACCCUGCCGCGCAUUAGUGCACCACCAUAUAAUUUGGAUGCCAAUCACAUGGGCAUUACCAUGUUGUACUCUUUUGGUAGUGCCUUGAACUUGUCCUUGAAGUAUUUGUUCAAGAAGUCCUGGAUCAUAUAAUUUUCCAUCAACCAGAUUAUUAUUGAACUUGUAAGAUUUAAGUAAAAUACUCUAUAUAAUUUUCCAAAUCCAGUUCCAAUGAUACUCGAAACUGAAACUAUAGUAGAUAAUAUUAGGACCGGUUGAACCGGUUUCAAUUUCAGACUCCUAAUUGUAAGACCCGGUCUCAACCAAUUACGGAUAUGAGUCCUAAAGUUUUGAUCGGAUACCCGGUUUGCUCACCCAAGUAGCGGUUAAAAUGUUAACUUUACAAGAAAAAAACAAGUUCCAUGUAAUAUUUCUUACGAAAUGCUCGAAAAACAAAAAGAUGAAAAUUUGGUACAACUUUAUGUCCAAUGGCAGUGUCAAUGGCUUCCGAUGCCUCUACAACUACUUCUUCCUGCAUGGUUUUCGACGCAUUUCAACAUCUUCUUCAUCAAAUGAAGGUAAUACUUCUUCUUCGUCUUCUUCAUUUGCGAAUUUCUUGGUUGAUAAACUGGGUUUUUCCAACGACCAAUCUCUCUCUACUUCCGCUACACUAGCAAGUCGGCGGGAAAGUGGACAAGCGAAUUGGGUAAAAAAUGCUAAUUCUGUUGUUCAAUUCUUUACGCAAAUUGGUUCAGCAAUCUGAUAUUAGGAUAAUUGUAUGUCAUGAACCCCUGAUUUUAGUUUCUAGGGUUAGUAAAACCCUAAAACCCAAAAUUAAGCUUCUUAAUGAUAUCGGUUUAUUUGGGUCCGAUCUUGUUGAAACUGUUGUAUGGAAUCCUUCAAUGUUGCGCCAACGUUUGGGUCCUGCAAUAGAUGCUUUUAGGACUAUUCUGGGUAGUGAUCAGAAUGUUGUUCGAGUCAUGAAACGAUCGGGUUGGAUUCAAUUUGACAAAGCGUCUUAUUAUUUGAUUCCCAAUGCUGAGUUGUUGCAAAGUUAUUGUGGAAUUUCUGGUAAAAAAAUCCAGAAAUACAUUAUUCAUCAGCCUGGUGUUUUCAGUAUGAAGACAGACUUGUUUCGAAAAAACUUGAUUAGGGUUGAAAAAAAGUUGGGGAUUCCUCGAGAUUCUAAGAUGUUUUUUUAUGGAAUACAAUCUGUUGCUAUUUGUAGUGAUAAGAAUAUUGACGAUAAAUGUGAAAUUUUUAGGAGCUUUGGAUGGACCCAAUCUAAUGUCAAGGAUUUGAUCAGGCGACAUCCUUUGUGCUUGACAUUAAAAAAGGAAAUAAUUAAGGAAAAAUUGGAUUUUCUGAUAAACCAGCUGGGUUAUAAACCGGCUUGCCCAGCUUUUCAGUCGUUAUUCUCUUGUAGCAUAGAGAAGAGGUUAUUGCCAAGACACAGAGUCUUACAGGUUUUGAAGGAGAAAAGGCUGAUAAAAAAACAUUACCGUCUUUCUGGUGCUUCUGUCUUGACUGAGGCUCACUUCUUGAAAAAGUUUGUUUUGCCUUUUGAGGAAGUCCAUGGAGUUUAUGCUCAGCUGACAGGCUCUACAGUUGAAUCGCUCAUUGUAAAAGGCCAAACCUUAAAGAUGAGGUCAAGGUCCAAUGCUGCUAGCUGCAAGUCAGCGCAUAAGCUUGCAGGUGUGCGGAGGUGUUCCAAACAUGGUCCUUUGACAGGCAGAAGACAUGUUACUGGCAGCUGUUGGAACUGGAGCAUUGUGCUAACUUUUCAUUUGCUGGAGUAUUGUAUGUUCUCAUUGAUAGUUUCUCAGUAUAUUGGUUGAAAUUGCAUAUAGCUGACAUCUAAUCUUAAGCCUCCAACUUAGUAGUAGCAAAGCAUCGUUGGAUGGCCGGCAUGCUCAAACUUCGUACAUGCUUGUGAAUCAUCGUCUUAGACAUAGAUCCCAUGUCUGGUACAGGUACUGGAGAUUGUCUUUACAAUAGCUAAAUGAUGUUUUUGAGCUUUGAUUUUUGGUGAAAUGCUGGUGAUUGACAUUCAAUUCUUGUUUGAAUGUUUUUGAAACUCUGACUUGUUCUCAUGCAUAUUUAGUGUGUCUUUAACUACCAAUUUUCUAGUCCACAUCACGUUAUCAAAUCUUCCCGUAAUUAAUUUAUACUUCAUA